GUCCGAACGACUCCUUCGUUUGUUUUUAUUACUCUUUUUUUAUCUCGGGCCCAGAAUCGGUAAUCUGCAAAUUUGCGGCCAUAAUGUGAGAUCAUCUGCCGCUGUCGUCCGACCCGUCGCUGCCGUUCGUCCUGUCAGGAGCAGCGGCUCGCUGUGGAGGAUUACUCGUGAUAAUACGCAGUAGACUUCUCACAGUGUGUCUAGCUGUCAAACUGACAACUAUGUAUUGGAAAGAGUAGACAGAACACGUUUGUUCAUAUUUAUUGACUUUGCUUUUUUUGCGUGUCUUUUUCUGUCCUCUGGAUUAUCGCUGCCCAGCAACACGGCCACCUGACAACUCUGAAUGUCGUAAUUAAGGUGAAUCAAUGAGCCAGCAAUGGAGACCAAAAGAUACCAAAGUUUCUUUGACGGAAGCGAUACAGAGAACAGAUGGUCGCAGGUCCCCGGCACCAUGGAGCACUGCUGCAGCACAGAGGAUUCAAGUUUGACUAGCAGUGAUAUCCUGAUGGACAUAGUCAAUGUCAGCUGCCCUGCUGGAAGCCCGGCCACCGACUGUAAAGACAACAAUACAAAGAAGCAGGAGCAGCCAAUGCUUCGGCUCAGCCAGAACCAGCCAUUUGUUCUCCCACACUUCAACAACUCUGUCCAUGGUCAUAAGCAGGAAAUGGACUCCAAGGAGCUUUCCAAGACUGUGGCUGAGUCUAUGGGCCUGUACAUGAAUGCUGCCAGGGAGGCAGACUUUGCCUUUAGCCAGCAUGGGGGCAGUAACAGCCCUGGGAAGAUGUAUCCAGUGUGCGGACGGGCUCUAGAGGAGGCUCAGUGUGGUUCCACAAAGAACCCCAAGUUAAAGCCAUUUGGUUUCCCGCAGCCCAGCACCACUCCCAGAGAGUGCACCGCUGGGACUCCGGUUAGCUCAGCUUCAAUGCUGGCCUCAUCUCUGUCCUGCAGCCCCCAGACGUCCAGCUCCAUCUCCAGCCCCGGGGGCAGCAACAACAUGGUGUCUUCAACCACCAGUCCCCCUACGUGUUUCGGACCGGUGUGCUCGUCCGUCAGCAGUCCUGUCAGCCAGACGUCUUGUGCUGCAACUCUGGCCCACAUCAAGCGCAGGAAUUCAGCCACAUGUAGCCCCGUGGAGUCCAGCACAGUGGGCUCACCACCUCUCACCAGCCCGCUCAACGUCAUGAGGUCCCCCAUGUCCAGCCCCCAGAGUAUGAGUAGUGUGAGAUCACCUCCGUCCUGCAGCACCACCUGCAAUGUUAGGUCAUCUGUCUCAAGCCCCACAGGUGGUAGCUGCACCGGUGCAACCAACAACUGCAACACAGCAAGACCCUCUAUCUCCAGUCCAGCCACGGGGGGCACUAUGGCUGUCAGUAGCCCACAGAACCCCUCCUCAGGUGGGUUUCCUGUGUCCAGUCCUGCUAGUGGACUGGGUUUGGUGCAGAACGAUACCAACAGCCCAGAAGCAGCAAGUCUGACCAGAGACACAGACUUCAAGAACUUUGAAUUCCCCAAAGUAGAGAUGGUAGACGGGGAGGUGUUCAACGUGGGCUUAGACCAGAUGGGCAUGGUUAAAUACAUUAAGAAUGAGCCUGGAACUGACUUCAGGAGCAUGUGUUUAGGCAGCUCCAAAUGUAAUGCGAGUAGCACACCUUUUAUCACACAGAUUAAGAGUGAGCCAAACAAAAAUGAGGGAUGUAUGAACCAACAGCCCUACGGUGAGCAAUCGCCAUCUCUUGGUCUCUUUCCUGCAUCCGAAACCACCUAUUUGUCCCUGAGGAAUAACAUAGAUGAAUACAGUCUCUCUGGUAUCUUAGGACCCCCUGUCUCCUCUAUGAAUGGGAACUAUGAGCCCGAUGUGUUCUCCAACAAUGUCCUGUCUAAAGGGGUUAAGCAGGAGACCACUGAUGGCAGCUAUUACCAAGAGAAUAACAGCAUGCCCACAUCGGCCAUUGUUGGAGUUAAUUCCGGUGGACAUUCAUUCCAUUACCAGAUUGGAGCGCAAGGAACAAUGUCUUUCACGCGGCAUGAUGUGAGAGACCAGUCCAACCCUUUGUUGAAUCUAAUUUCGCCCGUAACGGCGUUAAUGGAGUCGUGGAAAUCUCGACCGGGCAUGUCACAGGGGUCAUUGUCAGCCAGAGGUGAGGGAUACCUGGGGCAGAACUGCAUCACAGACAGCAUGUCAAGCUCGCCACUGAGACAACCGUCCUCAACGGCCAAAGUGUGCCUGGUUUGUGGAGACGAGGCAUCAGGAUGCCACUAUGGUGUCGUGACAUGUGGAAGCUGCAAAGUCUUCUUCAAAAGAGCUGUGGAAGGUCAGCACAACUACCUGUGUGCCGGGAGAAAUGACUGUAUCAUUGACAAGAUCAGAAGGAAAAACUGUCCGGCAUGUCGCGUACGGAAGUGUCUCCAGGCCGGGAUGAACUUAGGAGCACGAAAGUCCAAGAAGUUAGGGAAGCUGAAGGGUGUCAGCGAGGACCUGCAGGGCUCUAAGGACAGCCAAACUGCCACAGGUGGCGUUGGAGGCAGUUACCUGUCCUCAGAGAAGGAGCUCAACGCCAGCGCUGCCAAUGCCCUGGUGCCCCACGGGCCUGGGGUGGUCACACCUUUUCUGCCGCCCUCCAUCUGCAGUGUGUUGGAGCUGAUCGAGCCUGAAGUGGUGUACUCUGGCUAUGACAACUCGCAGCCUGACACCACUGACCACCUGCUGUCAAGCCUCAACCGCCUGGCCGGAAAGCAGAUGGUACGCAUGGUGAAGUGGGCCAAAGUACUUCCAGGUUUCAGGGGCCUGCCCAUCGAGGACCAAAUCACCCUGAUCCAGUACUCGUGGAUGUGUCUGUCCUCCUUUUGCCUCAGCUGGCGCUCCUACAAACACACCAAUGGACAGAUGCUCUACUUUGCCCCUGACCUCAUCUUUAACGAGGAGCGCAUGCAGCAGUCAGCCAUGUACGACCUGUGUCUGGGCAUGAGGCAGGUGAGCCAGGAGUUUGUGCGACUACAGCUAACCUACGACGAGUUCCUUUCCAUGAAGGUCCUUCUGCUUCUCAGCACAGUUCCCAAAGAGGGUCUGAAGAACCAGGCGGCAUUCGAGGAGAUGAGGGUUAAUUACAUUAAGGAGCUCCGGCGUUCAGUGGGAAAAGCAACUAACAACUCUGGCCAAACCUGGCAGCGCUUCUUCCAGCUCACCAAGCUACUGGACGCCAUGCAUGAUCUGGUGGGGAAUCUGUUGGACUUCUGUUUCUACACCUUUCGAGAGUCCCAGGCCCUGAAGGUGGAGUUUCCGGAAAUGUUGGUGGAGAUCAUCAGUGACCAGAUACCAAAGGUGGAGUCAGGCCUCACUCACACAAUCUACUUCCACAAGAAGUGACUCACUUAACAGUCGGGACAGAAGCGGCUUUAAGAACUGGAAGAGAGAAGGAGGAAGAGAUGAGAAAAAAUGUGCGAGAAAAGGCCAGACCAGUUGGCCCGCACCCGGUCGCCCAGUAUGCCAGCGUCCUCAUCUUGGAUGGGAAAGUUAAGUGGCGUGGUGACACAAGUAAAAAAAAAAAGAAAAAGGGGAGAACUGAUUUGACACUGCGAUCACCACAAGCGGGUCAGAGCUGUGAAUAGUUGGUGGAGCUGUGCGCGACACGCUGAGAAGGACUUGAGAGAAAUGUGACAAAGCAUCCCGAAGUAACCCCCUCCCCCGCCCCAAAGACGAUUACAGUAUUUUCUAUGGAGAUAAAGCCAUACAUUUCUUAGGAUGCGGUAGAUACAUUCACUGCACACACACACACACAGACACACACACAAACACACAUGCACUUAGAGGGAAAUUGAUACACAUGCCGUCCACAUGCCUUCACACGAACGCACAGAUGCACUCCACAUGCACUAAAAUCAGAUUCCCGUACAAAUCUAGAGAGAAAGUUUUUGCAGAUAUUAAAUGUGGCUUAUGCAGUCUUUCACAAAUAAUAGCACUAUGAAAAAAAUUGCCAAUACUUAGAUUUCGCUUUGCAGUGUAGCAGCAUACUGCAAGAUUACAGGGCAAAGGAUAUUAUGAGGAGGCAGAAAUUUUUAGACUGUGAGGCAAAAGGUCUAUUUGAAUAUAAUCUAAGGGCUAUACAAGCGUCAUCAUAAGCUGAAUAAUUACAUAAAAUCUAACAAGUCCAAUCUCAAUUGGUGUCAUAACAGCCAUCAUUAACAUUCACAUACUGAGUUUUUUUUUAAUUAAAAUGUGUAGUGAAACAAUCAAAACUAAUAUGCAAAAGUCCAAAGCUAAAGCUGUUUUGAAAUUUAAAAAAAGUCUCUCUUGUGUAAAGAAAGCUUGCACGUUUAGCUCCCAUGUCAUAAAGUCACUAUCUUAGGCAUUGUGGUGGAUUAAGAUAAUACUGAUGAGCGAUUCUACCUUUGUGCAAAACUGGUCAGGAGUGCUGCAGGAUGGAAAAACAUCAUGCAUUUACGGAAAUGAUUUCAGUAGAGUCCGCUGGUAAUGGAUUUGACUGAGGUGCAUCCAUAGUAAUUGUGUUUUGUGUUAUCUCCAGAGCAGCUGUCCAAAUGUCUGUUUUUACUCACAAUGAAGCAAAACCAGCCCUUUGUGAACCAACACUUAUCUACUCUUCCCAGAAAUAAUAAAAAGCAUUUUAUAAAAGUGUGUUGCAAAGGUUUAGUUUUUUGACAAGCCAGUCAUUUUACAUUAAGGUGCUUCAUUUCUACAAAGCCAGGCAAAAGCAUAACAUGUACAGUUAACGCGUUAGACCGUCCAUACAGUACACUAUGUGGACACACAGUGUAAUAAACACACAUACUCUGUAAAGUUGAUUAUAAUCCAAAAUGGAGCAUUACUCUGCAGUGCUUACAGCAAACGGCUAAUGUAUCAAAAACCAGGCAAAUGUGUACAGGUAUUAACAACUUCUUAAACACAUAAUUCAGCGGUUGUACAGAAGAUGUUUUGAGGUACAUGUCGAUGAAUGCUUGAUGAAGAACUGUUGGUAUGAUCACCUUUCCUAAUUUAGUUUAUUUCCUUAUCUAUGGGCUAAGUACUACUAUUUUAGGUAUGGCAGGCCCAGUCAUCUGGACCAUUAACUUGUCUCACACCCCACUGGUUUCUGGGUGAUUGUGGAACACUACUAUGAUGCUACUGAAAAACGACAGGGGAAGAAAAACAGUGGGGGCGUGUGAUUAUUUGUUUUUUUGUUUGUUUUUUUUAAUGUGCCCUGUGAGUGUGUAUUUACAUUUGUGUAUGGAGCGAGAAUGGCUUAAGUUUGUGUGUGUGUGGUUUUUUUUCCCUUUCUGGCAAGCAUGUGCAUAGUUGAUCUGCUCUUUCAGUGUGGGUAUUAUGCAUUUAUGUUAUAGGAUUAGCCAUAUCCUAUUUCCACAUUUAGAUUUGCACAGAGGAGAUACAAUGUGAAAUGAGGCAUUAGUGCAGCUAGCAGGAAUUGUCUGUUUUGAUAAGCAACUGUGAUGAUGCAGGAAAAGACUUUCUGCAUGGUCACCCAGCCUAAAGUUAGACAACAUGACAUCAUUAGCACAGCUUAGUGCUGGUGUAAUGUAUUUGUGGCCUCAGCUCUCAUAAUGAUGGCGCUGUGCUACACUAUGAGCUCUCUUAUGUGGCAGUAAUUGUGUGGAGAUUGGAGUACAAAGAGAUGGCAGUGGUAUGACUGUCUUUAGGGACUGUAUGAAAAUUAUUCAGGGGGUUCAGAAAAGGGGGAGGGGUAUGUAUUUUUAAUUUUGGCUCAUGGGAGGGUAGUCUAUAUUUGUUGGAAGAAUGGGGAGGGAGCGUGUCUCAGCUUAUUCUCAUUCAAGAUAUUAUGUUUUUUAUUCAUUCUAGAGUGGAAUUUUUUGGUGCUCAAGAGAAUCAAUUCUAGGGAUGGGCAUUUUAGGUAACUUCUAUAUUUGAAUGCUCAUAUAACAUUAUUAUUGAGUACUUUCAAAAAAAUAUAUCUGUUAUCAGAAUUAGAAAGUAAAUUGUCCAACAACAGAAAACAAGUACAAUAUUAAUUUCAUUUAGUGAACAACCAGACUUCAACAGCCACAUAAACCAUAAAUUAUAAGAAAAAUCAGCAUAUUUUUGUGUAAAUUAUAUUGAACUAAUACCGACAUCCAAACAAAUACUCCUUAAUGCCCAUCCUUAAUCAGUUUUCGGGAUGAUUUUUUCUUAUCACAUGACUCAUUCAGUGGCUUUUUUUAAAAAAAAAAAAAAAAUCAACAGUUUGGCAGCUCUUUAUUAAAAAAUAGUGACUCGUUGUAUUGUUUGCCAUAAAUAUCUAAAUUUGAUUUAUUGGGAAAGGAGGGUCCAAACAAAAUAAUUAUAACACAGAGUAAUGUCUUGCUCUUCAUUAAAAGAAAGAUUUAGUCCCCCUCCCCUGCUCAAUAAUUGUUUUACAGUCCCUUGUCAGAAAGGUCUCAUUUUACAAUCUGUCUUUGUUGUGCAUUAUUGUGCUCGAGUUGUGAAGGACCCUUACGCUAAUCUCUCACUGUCUCUUUUUUUGCCCCCUUUUUGUCCUUUUUAAAGAUUAAAAAAAAUGUCUAAAGGUUCAUAGGAUGAAUGGGAAAGUAUUUUUGAGAGAAUUAUAUUUUGCUGGAAAACAAUAUUUAAGUACUUUGUCUAAAAAUGAUAUCCUUUUUGUAAAAUGAAAUGUUAAUGCAUGCUUUUUGAUGAGAUGUUUACAUUGUAUUUAAAAAAGGGAAACUUGUGCCUUUUUAUCUCACCUGAUUUACAAUUUUACAGUAUAUAUUGUAAAUAAUACAGCAAGUCCUUAUGUUGAGUAUAGUAUAAAACAUUUCUACUUUAACCAUCUUGUUGGAAUAUUGGAAAAAAAUGUGUGUUUCCCACUCGCCAUGUUCUGUGUGUUGGAUCACAGAAAAGAAUUUACAGUAAGAGUUGGCGCCAGAAAGGGCCAAAUGGAGAAAUGAAUGUAUCAUACAUUGUGAGAGACUUAUGGAACUUACUACCUGAAUGUUAGAGAGAGUACAUUUAUUAUCUUCUUAUUAAGUAAAGUUAUUUGAUUUUGCAUCUUUUUUUUCUUUUUCUUUUUUUUUUUUUAAUGUUUUGCAUCAUUGUCCAAGUGGCUCAAAACAAAAAAUAAUAAUCAAAAAAGUAUUUCUUAUUUUGUAACAAGAUGUAUCAAGUGAUGGAUCCUUGAGUUGUUGCUGUUUAAAUGAUUUCCUAACCCAUGGCGGUAUUGUCGAUGAGCACUACAAUAAAAUCAAGAAAUCACAAACUGUUAAAACUGAGACACGUGAAAGACAGUUCUUGACUUUUCAGUUUUAAAAUAGUAACUUUGCACAUGCACAAAACAAAAUGAAAGGAUGUAUGUAGAGACUGUAAGUUUAGCCAAUUGAAAUUCGACUGUUUUUUUUUUUUUUUAAAUUAUCAUUAUUAAGUGGGCAUAUUACACUAAAAUAAAAUUCAAUCAUAAAAGAAACAAAUGUGUCCCAAAGAAUGGUAAUGUAAACAUGGUAAAAUCUGUACACAUUAGAUUCCUGAUAAUUAUGUCAUCAGUAAUGUUCUGAAGCCACUGUACGACCCUUCUGCACUCCACAAAUAAAGGCUUUGACUGUUGGCUAUUUAAUUUUUUAAAGGAAUGAUUUGAUAUUUUAGGUAAUACACUUAUUUGCUUUCUUGCUGUGUGUUUAAUGAGAAGUUUGAUACUAGUCUAAUGUCUGUAUUGUAAAUAUGAAGUUUAGCUAAUCUGUAAGCAGAGGCAAACAGCUGGCCUGACUCUAUCUAAGGAUAAAAAAUCCACCUGCCAAAACCUCUAACCCUUGAUAACCACUAUGUAUCUCGCUUGUCUAACCCCGCAGAAAAACUUAAGUGCAAAGGCUCAGACACGCCACCGUUGGAACAUAGUGCAAAGACUGCAGCCAUCAGCCAGUUAGCACGCAGGCUGCAUUUUGCACCUGCGUGAGAGGAAGUAACUCUCCAUACCAGCAGGCGGUGGUAGUCUGUCCUUGUCAUUCAAAAAGAGAAACCAGAAAACUGACUGGAUGGAUUCAGGGCGCUAUUUAGCCAAUUAGCACAUUAAUAACAAAACCAGAUGUUAAAAGGGCAAAAUUAUACUUACCGUGUGCUAUAGCGAACAAAAACACAAACAAUACCAACUGUUUCUGCAAAGAGCUUAAUGGAUUAAAAAUAAUCUCUCAAAAUAUAUAAAUUUAAAUGAACCUUACUUCGCCUUGACUUUAGUUGUUUGUUUGCUUCCCUCACUUUGGUUUCUUUUCUCAUGUGCUGAGCUGAACUGCUAAUCUGAAGAAUUUCAUUCGCAAAUGGACUCCGCUGUCUACAAUGUCGAUUCAGCAUGUUGAACUGUUCAAAAAAUAGCUGACAAGGGUUGACUAAUGCCAAUAGUGCAGGACACGCCACAUAAAGUAGGGUGACAGACGUGCAGCGAACGCCCUAUGUUGACCACACCCGCCGAUCGGCUUGGUGUGUCAGGGCCCUGAAGAUGAUAAAUUGUAGUUUUAUAGUUGGCUGUGUGCCAGCCUGUUGGGAGAUAAUUGUACAGUCACAGGAAGUCUCUGAGCUUGGCCCACAAAAAGUCCAGCACAUAACCCCAUAAAGUCAGCCAUUUUUACAAAUAACACAAACAAGAUAUAGCAUAUAUAGCUAGUUAUUGAGCUUGGUGCUUGCAAGCAGAUUUUAUUACCAUUGUACUGUUCUUGGCUAACUUUUUUCCUCCUGCCUCCAGUCUUUAUGCUAAGCUAAGCUAAGCUAACCACCUGUAGCUUCAUAUUUACUGUUCAGACAUGUGCAUGGUAUCAAUCCUCUGAUCUAAUCCUCCACAGCAAAGAAUACAAAAUGUAGAAAGCAAAUGAAUUUGUUUCUCAAAAUGUCAAACCACUCCUUUAGAGGAACAAAAAUAAUACUUAUUUUUGGUCAUCAAGCUCCACCCACUGCAAAUAAAUAAAAAAAAUCCCUCUAUUCAAGGGAGCAACAUUAUCUUCAAAGCCGUCUCCCUCUAAAUGAACUCUUUUUAGGCAUGAAUGACUCAGAAUGUGUUUAACUGCUGUUACACAGUACACCAUCGCGUCACUGUAUGUGGAGUCACGUCAUUGCCAUUUUCUGUUCAUGGUGAUGAAUCGGGUGUAGAGAGACUAAGCCAUAUCUCCACAGCCAUGGCAGUGCAUUUCUUAUUAAUAUAUGAAUAUAUAUACAACUGCUUUUUUUUCCAAUUCCAAAAAUGAAUUUUUACUCAGAUGCUUUGUACAAUAUUUCUCAGCAACUAUCCAGUAAACAUACAGUAGACAUCCUUCACCAUAAACCAAUAAAACCAGUUACUACUGUAUAUCUUGAUGCAGAUAUUGCCAUACUUGUGUUUGCAAAACUAUUGCAAGAUUCUAAUAAAACAGUUAAAC